UUUUUUUUAAUCACCUUCCCCUGCAACCCCAGUCCCUCUCAUCCUGAUCCACUCUGGAAACGAGAAGGCAACCAUGGCGAGCAGCAGGAUCCACAGUUCGUCCCUCAUCGCCCUCCUCUUCGUCUGCAGUUUGAUCACCAUUUCCAACUCCACCACACCCUCCUCCCUUCACAAAGUCGUGCGCGGCAGCAACGACGACUACAGCUGCGUGUACACUAUCUACGUCCGAACGGGGUCGAUCUGGAAGGCUGGCACGGAUUCGGUCAUCAGUGUGGCGUUCGCCGGUGCGGACGGCAACGGCGUGCUCAUCGAGGACCUGGAAUCGUGGGGCGGCCUUAUGGGACCGGGAUACGACUACUUCGAGCGCGGCAACCUCGACAUCUUCAGCGGCCGCGGCCCCUGCAUCUCCUCGUGGCCGCCCUGCUGGAUGAACCUCACCUCCGACGGAUCUGGAAAGGGCCACGGAUGGUACUGCAAUUACGUCGAGGUCACCACCACCGGCCCCCACAUGAGAUGCAGCCAGCAGCUCUUCACCGUCGAGCAGUGGCUCGCCCUCGACACCAGCCCGUACCGACUCUACGCCACCAACAAUCUGUGCCCCGACUCCGACGGCGACGAUACCGCAAUUGCGUCUGGCAAAGGAAUCCACGUGACGCACGCGCAGUGAGCGGAUCAGGAUCGCCGCUUCGCUGUGUCCUCUUCCGACCUUGCCAUCGCCUGGCCUUGUUUUUCUGAUUCUGUGAUAUUUAAACCGGUAUCGUUGUUGUUACCGGUAUGUAUGGUAAGCCUGCUAAAGUUUCGGUUACGAGAAUAAACCGGACGGAGUGUCACAUGACGCUGCUGUUAUAUCCGUUACACAUGGAUGCGCGAUCGCUUGAUCGGUCCGUUAAAUGUAUUCGCCAAUAAAUUGUUGAAGGGUCGUGAUGGAGUUUAAUCCUACCGAUGUCGAGAUUUAUUAGAUAUACAAAUGCUCAUUGUAAUGUUUAGUUUA